CAUGUGAGUGUGAAAUCUUCUUUAUUGCAACGACAAUCUCUAGGCAUAGAUUCCUUUCACUUCAUAGAAAAGAUAACCACUCGUUUGUAUUCGAAAGUAUCUAUCUAUCUAUAGUAGUAAACGAGGACGAUGAAAACAUUGACAGCACCGUCGUUUGAUGUCUCCGCCGCUUGCUUCCAUUCACGCCCUCUAAAUCUACGCCGUAACACUACCAUGACUAGAUUUUCAUUUGUAAAAUCCUCCAACUUUAACAACGGACAAAGAAGCGUUGUUGUUCAACCAAAGCUUUUGAACUUCCGCAUGAUGUGUAGUUUAAAGGGGAAUUUAGAGGAGGUUGUUGGAGUUCCAACUUCAGUGCCGGUGCGUGUAGCUCACGACCUUUUUCUUGCUGGCCAUAAGUAUCUUGAUGUAAGGACCACUGAAGAGUUUAAUGCUGGACAUGCACCUGGGGCAAUUAACAUACCUUAUUUGUAUAAAGUUGGAUCAGGGAUGACAAAGAAUAGCAAUUUUGUUAAAGAAGUUUCUUCACAUUUUAGAAAAGAAGCUGAAAUUAUUGUUGGGUGUCAACUUGGUAAAAGGUCUAUGAUGGCUGCUACUGACUUGUUAGCUUCUGGAUUCACAGGAGUCACGGACAUUGCUGGUGGUUAUGCUGCUUGGACUCAAAAUGGACUUCCUACAGAACGAUGAAACAAUCUCGUUGGAUUUGAAGCUGUAUAUAGAAUAAUGAGUACUGAGUAGUAUUCUGGUUGGAUCAUGUAAAUGCAUAAAAACUAAUGGGGUGUUUGAAAUGGUUUUACAUUUACUUAGUACAAUUAAAAUUGAUCUUAA